GGGGGAAAAAGAUUGCAACAAGUGUUAUGAAGAGAUAUACUAUCUCUAUACUGUGUAAAAACUUCACAAAAACAAGAAAAAAUAGCACUUAUGGCAGGAAAAUGUAAUGUGAACAUCUCAAGAAGAGAACCCACAGUCAGGGGACGCACGGACACAAGGUUGAACCUCAUGGAGGUGGUCGAUGCUGGCCCAGCAAGGCCACAGGCGCGGUCUGGAAAGCAGUUGGGGGACACCGGACAUUACCUACUUGGACGGGCCGCUUCUGCUCACAGGAACCCGUCUGAAGAAAACGACGGACAUCUAGCUGAGGACAUCCGUGGGAUGUCAGCCAUCAUAGUAGUAUUUGAUACAGGGAGAAAUUGGGACUAUCUCAAAUGUCCAGUGACGGGGGCUUGGUUACGAAAGCUGCACCUGCAGAACACCAUGCAACAAGGGAGGGGCCCAGAGCACAGGCCAAGAGCCCCUCACCCUAAUGAAACAGGUGUUUCCUGAAGCAGGUUUCUAUCUGUCCCUCCUUCCAUCCAUCCAGAGCGCCUCCCGAGGCCAGGCAGGGUCAGUGCUGGAUGGGAGAGAUCUGCAGAGAAAGAGACUUGGUCGGGGUGGGGUAGGCCUGGAGGAUGAGCUGUUCUUGCCUGGGCCCUGCUUGCAUGGAUUAGGUCAAGACCAGGGCUAGGGCUGGCAGGCUGGUUGGUUGCAAAGGGCACAGCAAGGGCCCUGGUGCCCAAGCGGGCUGUCCCUCAUUUGGGCUCAUUAUUCCUUCACACUUCAGCCCGGGCAGCCCCAUUCGUCUGUGACACCUUAUAGCCUCUGUGCAGCUAAGCAGAAGAUGGGCCCCCAUACGUCAGCCCUGCCUGGGCCACCAGGCAGCUCCAGUCUCCAGACUGCCUCUGUGGUCAGCAUGGUCCACCCAGACCCACUUUCCAUUGCUUUGCUUUUCUGAGGGCUGGGUUUCCAGCAGGAGCUCCUCCUCCAGGGAGUUUCCCCGGAUCCCUCCACCCUCCCCCUUCAUUCUGGAUGGCCCGGUACAGCUGGGCAACCCAUAGCAGCUGCUCUUCUCAUCCCUGUGCAGAGGCCCCAGUCCUCCCAGAAGCCCUGCUAAGGUGGACCCUGGCCGUCCAAGAGACCCCACAUCCUAGGAGAGGAGAGGGGUUGGGAUAAGGAAGGGGAGAAGAGAGGAAAGGAAGCCAAGCCAGAAGUGGCUGGGGCAGGCUAGGGGUCCUCCUGGCCCAGGCUGACGCCAGAGUGACCCACCUGGCCGGCCAGGGGAGGGGUCUCUGAAGGGCCCCUCCUCAGAGGGCUGGACAAUGCUCCUUCCCCAGGGAGUCCCUGGCAACUGAGGCAGGGGGUGUCCAUGGCUGGCUAAUGAGGUCACAGAGCUCCAAGGUGUCCCUGGGGAAGGGAGCCAGAUACUUUGACAAUGAAUUUUGACCAGAAAACUGUGAAAUUCCUGGCGAAUUUUUACAUCAAUGGAGGCCAGCACUGGACCCAUGGCUCCCCGAGGCAGGGGCCACGUGUGCCAGCCCAGUACCUUCUCAGGGAGCUGGGUGCGCUGGGGGAACAGCCCAGAUGGGGUGGCCACUGGGCUGGGUGGACAACGCUCCCCCCUCUCCCUCGUAGGCCCCAGGCUAGUGUGUUCUUGUGGAGCCCCCAGCCAGAGACCGCCCGGGAGGAGACGCGGCCCCCAGGAGUGCAGGAGUUCCAGGCUGGCCUCAGGAUGCAAACGGGCUCCCUCCAGGAGCGCCCCCCUAUCUGCACCCAGAACCUGAGGGAGCUGUGGCUGGAACGACGCCCACCCAUCGUGACCGACCUGCAGGUCCCCGGCCCCGCCAAGUACCCGGUGCCGGAUGCUUCAGUGCGCGAGUCCUCCCCACAUCCCCACUUCAGCAUCGGCCGCAGGUUCCCCACUCGCGACGGCGGUGGCCGCAGGGCGUGGCAGACCUUGUGGUUCCAAAGCGAAAGCCCCUUCACGCGGAAGGCCGACUUUAACCAAGAGCAAAAGUGGCCGUCGCCCGCGAACUAUCAGCCACUCAGCCGGCCUGCCUUCCGGGCCUCCAGCUUUGGGGGCCGCCGCCCCGCCUCCAAGACGCUUGAGGCCCCCGCCCGCCCGGGGCUGCCGCGGGCCGGGGGUACGGGUUACCGUACCCAGCCCCAGCUUCAGGCCCCUCCGCAGGCCCCGGGGGGCGAGAAGCUGCCCAGCCCCAACACCUACGACAUCUUGCCUGGGUGCCGCCUGCAGAGCCCCCGCCCGCCCGCCUUCUCCAUGAGCCGCUCCGCUGCGUUCGCCUCCUGGGUCAGCUCCUCCCGCAGUCCCGGCCCAGCUGCCUACUACGUGGAGGACUGCUAUAACUCACGCUUCCCCUCGGCGCCUGGAGUGGUGAUCCAGGGUGUCCGGAGACCCAAGCGCCAUGACACGGGACCCUUCUGCACCCUGUAGUGCCUCUUCCGCACAGCCGGCCACCCGGUUAUCCACGGAACCCUGGUCUCCCUGGGGGCCUUCCCAGGCCUCCCUGUGGAACUAAGGGCCUCCAACUCGGCCUUUUGACUCUCUGCGUGCCUCUGAUCCACACUCCUGGCCGGCCAACCCCUCUGUGAGCGGUGGACAUCAAGGAGGGCCCAGCCUGAAGCCCACCCGCCCCCCACCCUUGCCAAACAGAGAUGCUGUCGGUUCUCCCCAACUCUGUUGUGUGCCCGACUGGUGAGCUGUCCCUCAGAUGUGGCCUGCUGCCCACCUGUCAUGUUUGGCUUUCCUUGGCCAGGGGUCUCCCUCUGCUUCCCCUUUGGUGCCCUCUUCUCUAGGGUGGGUGGGGUAGCAGCCUGGGACCUCUGGCUGGGGACAUGAUGGGAGGGGGCCCUGUGGGCAAUACAGGACACCCCCACCUAGUUGUGCUACCCAGGGGAGUGGUUAAGCUGCCAGUCUACCCGAGGGUCAGCUGCCCUCUUGAGGUGAGGUCAGCCUGCCCAGCCACCAGGGAGGGCCCAGAGGACCAGCUGGUCAGGGCCUGGCCCCACUUCUUUGGCUCCUGCCCAAAGACCCUGUGAACUUGCCCAGCACCAUGCAGGCCAUGCCACAGCCAACAGACUUCCUGGGCCUUCACUUGUUAGGGUGCCCACAGCAGCAGCCUGCCUUUCUACCCAGGGGUUGUCCCCAAGACUGCCUCCCUUCCAAGGGCCUCACCUGCAGCUGGUGGUGGCUCCUGUCACCGUGCCAGUUCUUGCAGAGGCCCUUCUUGUGCCACCCGUGUCCUGAGCCAGAGCUUGACCCCUCCAAAAAGGCACCGCAACAGCUGCUAUGGUGUGGACAGCAGUCCAUUCUGCAGGGAGGCCAAAGCCCAGGGAGUCUGAGUGCAGUGCACCUGUGACCUUCUCUAGGGCUCAACCAUCGGAGGUUGAGCCCCAACACCCCUGAGAAUCAGAGCAGUGGCAUGGCAGAUGGCCGUCCUUAGGCCCUGGGCUCACUAGCUCAGCCAGCAGGCAACAGAGACAGAGCUGUGGAAGGUCUGGCCUCGGGAGCUUGGCUCAGGGGGAAGGGGGUGGAAAGCAACCCCUAGGGCUCAAAGUCAGGAGUGGGACCAGCAGGAAGGAUGGAGCAAUGCCCUCCAGCUGGGCUGAAGAGGGAGGGCUUCCUGGAGGAGGCAGUGGCGGAAGUGACUUUUAAAGAUGAUCAAGAGUUUGCUGGGCAGUAGGAAGGGAAUUUCUAGCAGGAUAAACCUCAGAAACCACGGCACACAAAAAGGGAGAGGGUGUGAUAUUUGGUGUGUCCAAACUCGGGAGGAUACAGGGCUGUUUGGAUGGAAGGAGGUGAGCUGGUGAGGUGAGAGGCUGCAGAGGGCUGAAUGCUGGGUUCAGGGGCUUGCACACUUAGCAGUGAGGAGCCCAUGGAGGGUGCGCACCAGGCAGUGUCCACCAACUCUGUAUGAGCUUCUUGUACUGCAAGGGACAAGGGACACCAUGAAACCUGAGCCUUGCGUUCGCAGUGUGUCAGGAUGGACAAGUCAGCCUGAGGGCCUACCACCUUGGGUUCCCUUGGGGGUUAGAUGCUCACGGUGAUGAGAGCGAGGAUACCUGUCCUUGGUCACGAUUCCACUUUGCCCCCCCCGGUCUCUGCUAGGCAUUUCCGGAAGCACACUUAGAGUCUAGUCUUUGCAACAAACACGCUGUGAGCUUCAUCCCCCUCUCUGUUUGACAAGGAGGGAGCCAGGUUCCGGGGAGAGAGAGGGUCGUGCACCUGGUGAGGCCCAGGGGCAGGGAGCAGCUAGGGCGGACUGCUUCUUUUCUUGAAGCGAAAAUACUCUCAGCGUCAGAGGUCAGCCACGGGAUUUUUCAUGGUUGUAAAAAUAAAGUAUGCGUGGCCAAAUACCGGUUCUGAAAUCCAUAAGCAGGCCGACGCCCGCCGGCAGCACCCCCCCCGGCCCCCCCGCCCCCAGGUGCCCCGCAGCACCCCGCCGUGCCCGCAGACGGGCAGCGCACGCCACGGGGCCGAGCAGGAGCCGCGGCCGCGGAG